AUACGGGAUUCACCGAAUUAACAGUUCGAACGAAUCGCUAUUAGAAUCUAAGUUGUAUCGUAUUUAGCAAAGAAAUUUGUACAUUUAAUCGUUCAUUGACAUACUUGAUACAGUUUCUAAUUAACAAAUAUCGAUAACGGCUUCUUAAACGUGUCCUAUUGUUACGGUUCUGCGUAGUCGUCACAUAGCAUGUGAAUUAUAAAUAUUAACUUUGAUACUUCAGAAUAAGUGAUUUUAUAGUUUUAAUUGGUAUUUUCUGCUUAACAAUGGACGAAGGGGAAUCAAAAACUUGCGAGAACUGCAAAAGGGAGAUCCCAGCAGUUAAUUUCACUACACACACAGUAUUCUGUGCUCGUAACAUCCGAGUUUGUCCAGUCUGCAAGGAGCCAGUUCCACAGGCAGAGUUACAUGAUCAUCAUGAGAAAUUCCACAAGCUGUUGCCAUGUAAGGAAUGUGGUGAAAGUGUGUGUGGAACAGAUCUUGAGGAUCACAUCAGGGAUUCCUGUGCACACACUAUGAAGUCUUGCAAGUUCUGCGCACUGGAAUUGCGUCGUAGCUCGAUGCCGGCGCACGAGCGGUACUGCGGCGCGCGCACAGAGCAAUGCGCUGACUGCGGCGAGUGGGUCAUGCACAAGUACCGACAGCUGCAUCUAGACUCAAACCAUGGAUUCGUACGUCUCGACGACGAUCCGUUGCCAACUAAGAAGGAUGACAAAACGACGAAUGUGCCAAAAUCAUUAAACUUGCCAAAACCAAGCAACUCAUCUGACGCAAUCAAAACCGCCAAAAUAGUUCAGCCCCUCAACGGUCUCUCAAAGAAUGUCAACAUUAUUAGGCCUGUCACAGAAAUUAGACGCUUACCACCAUCAAUCAAUCAUAAUUCAGAAAGCGUAUUAAAAACAUUUAAAUCUCAAAGCAAUGGACAAAGUUCAGCUGGUCCUUCAAGCUCUAAUGAAUGUCGUUCAAAUAAUUCCGCAGUGACUAAUAUAAUGAGACCUCAAUCUAGUGGUCCGAUUCCAUUAUCUGAUAGAACAAAUUUGUCUUCAAGUAAUAUUUCUUCGACUUUAAGUGAUGUUGCAAAUGGCUCAAGCUCACCUCAGAACGGAGCGAUUCCAAGAAUCAAAAGGACCAACGAUCAACCACAAGUGAACACGGCAGUGGCGGCACAGGAUAAAGUUAGGAAGAAUUUAUGGGCUCCUCGCGGAGCAGUGAAGAAGCGUCCUGCCCCGAAGCCCCCGACAGCAGAGCCUCCGAAGACAGAACCGCCCGCGGACCCCAAACGACAGCUUCCGCUUGAAAGCGCUGUGCAGCGGCAGCGGGCGGAGGAACGUCAGAGACAGGAGCAAACAGCUUAUAAUCUGUCAGUAGGUUUACCUCCCGUCCUUAGUCCAUUGGCAAAACUCGAGAAACUAAGAAAGAUGGACGCUCUCCAGAACCCAGUGGACAACGACCAAGAUUACAAAAACUGUCUCCAAGGCAGAGUGUGGCUGAGCUCAGAGAUUACACCGGCUGGUCACGUAUUAGGAACUUCAUCUAACUACAGAACGAAAAUAGCUACAGAACUAGAAGCUUCAAGAAGAAAAAAUGGUUCUAAGUCUCAAUCGCCAGAGAAUGUACAAGGAGCAGCAGUCAGGCGGAAUGAUCUGAAGGAUUUGAAGCCAAUGACUCCCGAGGAGUUCAUAGAUAGGUUCAAUGAGCUCCAGCUUAGGAAGCCGGGUGAGGAGAUGCUACGGGCGGAUAGGUUCAGUCAGAUUAAGUCCUCGUUGAGGGAGCUGCGGAGAGGCUUGAAUGAGGUUACCGCUCCGUAUAAUUUGAAUGCACAUAACGAAACGUAUCAAAGUGCCGCUAGCCGUCCCCCCGGCGGCGCGCUGGCGGGCGUGGUCGCCAGCGGUCGCGAGUCGCCGGUGCGGCUGCCGUGCGAGUUCUGCGGCGCGCCCGUGCCCGUCGACGACCUCGUGCAGCACCAGACCGGCUGCCGGCCCGAUUUGGCGCAAUUCCGCGCCCCGGCGGAGCCCGCUGUGUACAUCCCGUGUGAGUUCUGCACCCGGCCGCAGCCCGUCUACUUGCUCAGCGAGCACCAGGAGCGAUGUGGCAGAGACGCAAAUGAGCUGUUCCAAGACUGAGGCGACUUUUAAAACUGAUCGAUAUUUGUUAAAGAAGCUAAUAUUAUAAAGAGUUCACCAAUAAAUGAAUGUCGAUGUUGCAGUUGACGCUCAACUCGCUAAUUAGAUGUAAAAAUACGUAUAUGACCAAUGAUAAUAGUUUUGUAUAAAAAAAAUAUAUUUUAUUUGUUGGAAAAAACAUAGUAGAAUUAAGUAUAAUAAUAUGAAUAUUCAUAUAAAUUAUAAACAAUAGAUUAAUAAUAUGUAAGCGUUUUUUGAUUCGACUUUAUUACUUUUAUAACUUUAAAAAUACUAUUUAAAUAACACGUAUAUUUCAAAUCACUUGUAGGAACGAAUGAACAUUCCUAAUUUAUUAUAAAUGUGCAAAAUUUUUCUUCUAAUUUAAAUAUGGAAUAAAUAAAAAAAAUAUUGCAUUUAAUUGUUGUAUAAAAGCAAAAUAUCGUUGUUAAAAAAUUCUUAAAGGUUUUUGAGUGUGAUUUUAUUUUUUCUUAUACUUUGAGCUGGACUCAUGACAUUUUGUGACCUUAGUUAAUAGAAAUAAGGUUUAAAAUGCAAUAUGUAAUUUUUAGGGAUCUUGAGGAGAUUUAUACGAGAAUUUUUAUAAUUAAUUGAUAAUUUCAUAGACAUCACAGAUAUUGCUGUAUUGUUCUUAACUAAAAACCAGUUAUUUGUAAAGGCUUAGGUUAUAUUUUGUAAGGCUUACAUUGUCUCGCAAUUAUUUAAAAAAUACUGUCGAUUCUGUUUGAAAUAUUAUUUUAUAUUUUUUGAGUUGCUUGCGUAUGAUAAAAUCGUCACCAAUAUGAUUUUUUAUUUCAAUAAGUGUAAGAUGUUUAUCUUAGACCCUGCGAUGAAGAAUCGCCGAUCAAAUCGAAGUCGAAUAAAAAAUAUAUUCCGAUGUUCGAUUUUUAAAUUAGUUUUUUAUUUCAUAUGCUAUUAAUACAGAACCACAUUUUUUGUACAACCACAGGCUGUAUAAAAAAUAAUGUAAUGGUCUAGACAACUACCGAUGAAGAUAUAUAGAUUAUGGAUCGUAACAUUAGUCCAUUAAUAUAUAAAAGGAAUUAUAGAAAAUUUAUUAAUUUUAUAUUGUCUUAAUGGUGACAUUUACUCAAUUUUAAAUAUAAUAUCUAUGCCAGAUCGCUACGAAAGAUAGCCAUAACAAUGAUACUUUUGUUGCGGCGUAUGUAUAGUAUGUGUCUUCAAAAUAAAGACAAAUGUAAAAUAAAAAUCCAUUAACAAUAAAAAACACUGGCAACAUUUCGUCGAGUUUAAUUCAAAGUCUUGACGGAUUGAAAUUAAAAUUUUAAUAUUAAAAGUGAAAGGUUAUUGUAAACUAAGAUUAUUGUUCAUUAUGUAUGUAUACAAUUAAUUUUAGUAUGUAAUAAAUAAGAAUAACAUAAUUAUUAACUCUUACCUAUUCUUGCUUUACUUGCUUUUAUGUCUUCGAAAAAAUGAAAACAAGAAUCUCUCAUUUAACGUCAUACUAAUAUUUUUCAAUGUCCUUCGUUUCGUAACUAUUAAUGAGAUUCAAUUUAUCAUUUGAUCGUGCCUUUUAAAUGUAUAUUAAUGUAACGAUAAAAAAAUAUUAUAUAAUUAGAUUUAAAAAAAUUUUGUUUAUAU